GGGAGAGAAGCAGCUGUUGGAGGAGGAGAGUGAGACAAAGAAGGAGCGGGGGGCCGUCCUUACUUGCUCUUCAGUGUGAGGACUGUGUGUGGGAGGAGGCACAGGGAGAGCAGGAGAAAGAAGGGGACAAGAAAGGGAAAGAGCAAGCAGGGAGUAAGCAGUUUGGUGUGUAGGGAGGUAAAUAUAGAUCUGAAAGUGCUUUGCACAGCUGCAGGAAGUCUCUUGUUCUGCCUCCUGCCCUUCACUCCUGUGCUGCACAACUUGGUGAGGGACCAUGCAGCAGGGGUGGACUUUUCCCUGGGUCUCUGCCCUCCUUUUGGGGGUGAUGGGGCUCCUGGUGAGUGGCUCUGAGUUCCAGCAUCACCGCUAUGAGGACUUGGUGAGAGCCCUGUUUGCAGUGCAGAGCGAAUGCCCCUACAUCACCCGCAUUUACAGCAUCGGGCGCAGCGUAGAGGGGCGCCACCUCUACGUGCUGGAGUUCAGUGAUAACCCAGGCAUCCAUGAAGCAAUGGAGCCGGAGUUCAAGUACGUGGGCAACAUGCACGGCAACGAAGUGCUCGGCCGUGAACUGCUCAUUAAGCUCUCCCAGUUUCUGUGCGAGGAGUAUCGGGCCGGAAACCAGCGGAUCAUGAGGCUGAUUCAUGACACGCGCAUCCACAUCCUGCCCUCAAUGAACCCCGAUGGCUAUGAGGUGGCUGCCAAACAGGGUCCAGAGUCCAACGGCUACCUGGUGGGUCGAGGGAACGCCAGACAAUUCGAUCUGAACCGGAACUUUCCAGACCUGAACGCACUCGUGUACUACUACGAGAAGACCAACGGACGGAACCACCACCUGCCCCUGCCGGACAACUGGGAGCAACAGGUUGAACCAGAGACAUUGGCGGUCAUAAAAUGGAUGCAAAACUACAACUUUAUCCUGUCAGCCAACCUCCAUGGAGGAGCCGUGGUAGCCAAUUACCCCUUCGAUAAGUCGAGAGACCCUCGCAUUCGAGGGAGGACCACGUACGCGGCCACUGCGGACGACAAACUCUUCAGGAAGUUGGCGAGGACCUACUCGUACGCCCACAGCUGGAUGCACAAGGGCUGGAACUGUGGGGACUUCUUCGAUGAGGGGAUCACCAACGGCGCCAGCUGGUACUCUCUGUCCAAAGGCAUGCAGGACUUCAACUACCUGUACAGCAACUGUUUUGAGAUCACACUGGAGCUGAGCUGUGAUAAGUUCCCGUCAGCCGCCGCACUGCCCAGAGAAUGGAUGGGCAACCGUGAAGCACUGGUUUCAUACCUUGAACAGGUUAGCAAACACACACGUUGA